GUGUUGUUUCGAUAUAAAAGACGGCUGAGGAUCCUAACCUUCAGUUAUUUGUGUCCUUCGAUGAGUCCUGCAGCUAUGAAUGCUCUGGUUAUCUUCGCGUGUCUCGUGGCGGGCGCCAGUGCGCGACCUGGGCAGCUCUCAUCCUUCCCCUCUAACUUCGACACGAGCGCCCUGCAGAAUACGUUCAGCAACCUGCCGAGCGCAGCCGCGGGCUUCGAGACCGGCGGUGCGAUAGGCGGCCUUGCAGGCGUCGGUGACCGCAUCGCGACCAUCAUCCUGGACAGCACCCCAGCCGACCAGAAGGAGUCCGUGACCAACAUCAUCAAGCUCUCGGAUGGUUUCCUCGACGGAGUGGGUAGCUGGUUCAAGUCGCUUCCUCCUUCUGCUUUCGAAGUGCCAAAGGUGGAUGUCCCUCAAUACGUCGCCCCAAAGUUCGAAGUUCCAGAAAAUUUCAAGUUUUCUGACAUCAAGAUUCCUGAGUUUAACUUCGUUGUACCCCAAGCCCCCCAAGCCCAAGCUCCAAGAUACUAAUAAAGCAUAACUUUUAUAACCUGCAA